AUGCGGCGUGUCAAGGGGUCAGGAUCAAUCCGGUGUGAGUUGAUGAGGCAGGAAGGUGGAGAGGCAUCUCAGGAAUGUGGCUGUUUGUGUGGGACUCCAUUCAGCCCAUUGGCGAGCGGGAGGCGCCUCCAGCCUAUAAAAAGCCGCCGGGCUGCCGGCUGGAGACUCAGACUCAACCAGAGCUGCUCUUCGCCUCCAAGCAGAGCACCAGCCCGAGACAAGUCGGAUCCUUUGCCGAGACAGACCUUCGCCCCGCCACGACGCUUGGAAAACCCUCUCCCCUCUUGCAGACCCAACCCUUGAACGCGAAGAUGCAUCUCCUCCCCGUCGCCUUGGCUCUCCUCCUCGCCCUGCUCAGCCGGGAGGCGUCUGCUCAGGACUGCAGCGGGCAAUGCCAGUGCCCCUCUUCGCCGCCCGAGUGCCCUCCCGGGGUCAGCCUGGUGCUGGACGGGUGCGGCUGCUGCCGGGUCUGCGCCAAGCAGCUGGGCGAGCUCUGCACCGAGAAAGACCCCUGCGACCCCCACAAGGGGCUCUUCUGCGACUUCGGCGCCCCCGCCAACCGCAAGAUCGGAGUCUGCACCGCAAAGGAUGGUGCCCCCUGUGUCUUUGGAGGCAUGGUGUACCGGAGUGGGGAGUCCUUCCAAAGCAGCUGCAAAUACCAGUGCACUUGCCUGGAUGGGGCUGUGGGCUGCGUGCCCCUCUGCAGCAUGGAUGUCCGCCUGCCCAGCCCUGACUGCCCUUACCCACGAAGGGUGAAGCUCCCAGGGAAAUGCUGCGAGGAAUGGGUGUGUGAUGAGCCCAAGGACAAAGACCAGACUGCAGUUGGACCUGCUCUUGCUGCUUACAGACUGGAAGAUACCUAUGGCCCUGACCUCUCCAUGAUGCGUGCCAACUGUCUGGUCCAGACCACCGAAUGGAGCGCCUGCUCAAAGACCUGCGGGAUGGGCAUCUCCACCAGAGUCACCAACGACAAUGCCUACUGCAGACUGGAGAAGCAGAGCAGGCUUUGUAUGGUCAGACCCUGUGAAGCUGACCUGGAGGAGAGCAUCAAGAAAGGCAAAAAGUGCAUCCGUACUCCCAAGAUCUCCAAGCCUAUCAAAUUUGAGCUGUCUGGCUGCACCAGCGUGAAGACGUACCGUGCCAAGUUCUGUGGCGUCUGCACUGAUGGGCGUUGCUGCACCCCCCACAGAACAGCCACCCUCCCCGUGGAGUUCAAGUGCCCUGACGGUGAGGUCAUGAAGAAGAGGAUGAUGUUUAUCAAGACCUGUGCGUGCCACUACAACUGCCCUGGAGACAAUGACAUCUUUGAGUCUGUGUACUACCGGAAGAUGUAUGGAGACAUGGCCUAAAAGCCCCCUAGAGACUUUUAAACUUGACUGUCAACUUGAACUAAUUGCAUCUCAUUUUGUAAAACCUGAUUCAAUAGCACAAGAUAUUUAAUUGUCUGUUUUAAAAAACUGUUCCAUGUGACUUCAGACAAAGUUGUCUUCUGACCCCAAACAUUGGUUUGAAGGAAGAAAAAAAAUAACAGUAAUAAGACAGACAGUGAGGGACAACACCUAAGUUGAACCUCAGAAUAGAGUAUAUGAGGGGUAGGGUAUAUAUAGGGAUUACUUAAGGGGACCCAUGCACUCUUGAACAACAUUUGUCACAAUGUGGUAACGUGUGGUCCACUGAAUAGUGCAAUCGAAAAGGACUCCUUAGCAAGGUCACUGACACUGUUAUUUUGUGACAGCGACCACUGGACUGGGAUUCUCACCCAGCAAGAUGCUAAGGAACUAUGUCUUGUUAGAAUGGCAGCAAUUCUCCUUUGAAGUUCUGAUUCGAAUGGUUCAUUCAGAAAGAAUUGGAAUUAGACUGGACAGCUUGUGGCAGUGGAACUGUCUGUCACAAGCUCAAUGUUUUUUUAAAAAAAUUACUAUUGUAAUAUUACAGUAUUGUAAGAUUGUAAAUAUGGUGUGUGUGCGCGUGUGUGUUUGAAUGUAUGUGUGUGUAUAUAUAUUGUACAGUUAUCUAAGUUAAUUUAAAAUUUUGUUGCCUUUUCCGCUAAUGCUUUGAUACAUCAGUGUUAGCCUCUCUCUCUCUCUUUCUGUUUCUUUUUUUACAAUGCAAGGCUUGUCUGAUUUAAAUGUAUUCAUUCAACACAUAAAAUAGAUUUUGUAAUGGCAGUUCUGAUCAGUCAGUAGAAGGAACAGUGAACUGAACUGAUGUUUUGCUGGAGGUGUGCCAGUCUUCUCCCAAAGCAGUUUGUCAAGUUAAGGGCAAGGAGGCAGCUGGGGAUACCAACUUCUCUCUGCCUUAGUGAAAAUGGCCUGAAGUCAAAACGAAUGGCUCCUUCAUUGCUGACCAAUAUUUCCAUCUGGGAACAAUUUAUUACCUGUUGAGAAGUGUGACCAAAAGUUACAUGUUUGCACCUUUCUAGUUGAAAAAUAAAAGUAUUUUAUUUUUUAUAUAAA